AAUUAGAUAGGAUUAUGCCAGUUGGUCAUGAAUAGUCGCUGGCACUAGUUAGCUCGGAACAUGGAGUGCGUUCGUUAAUCUCGUCGUUAUUUAUCGUCGCAGGCGUAAACAGAAACAACGCGGUUUCGUUGGCAAUUAGGAAACGAGAUAGAAAAACGUGUUCUAUUAAUUAUUAUUACGUACGUAAUAAGAGAGAGAAAAUCAAUUCCACCUUCAAACUAUGACUCUCGCAUGCUUGGCAUUCCUCUUAAUUACCGUCGAGCUUUCGAAAGCGGAGAUUCACAGAGGGGGUAUAUUGUUCCCCAGGGAAUCGGAAACUAGGCAAGUCGUGUCUUUAGACGGAUUAUGGAAUUUCAUUGUGCCCAACACGACGAAUCCUUUCGUAGGUUUCGAGCAGCACUGGUACAAAAAGGAUCUGAGAGACACCUCGGAUACAGACAUCUCGUUGAUGCCGGUCCCAUCGAGUUACAACGAUAUCGGGACGGACUGGAGGAUAAGGGAUCAUGUCGGUUUGGUCUGGUACGACCGAACGUUUUUCGUGUCAAAGUACUGGUCUGAAAUAGGUCGGGUGUGGUUGAGGUUCGGAUCCGUUUCUUACGCUGCCCAAGUAUGGGUAAAUGGACAACUGGUAAUGAGCCACGAGAUCGGCCAUUUGCCAUUUGUCGCAGAGGUAACCGCAUAUUUAAAAUACGGCAAAGAAAAUCGAGUUACAGUGGCGUGCGACAACACCUUACUGUCAGACACCGUACCCCAAGGGCGCGUGGAACAGCUUUCCAGCGGACGACUUCGGCAAAUUUAUACAUUCGACUUCUUCAAUUACGCAGGCAUUGAUAGACCCGUGAAACUGUACACGACACCCAAAACUUAUGUAGAUGACGUAACGGUAUUCACCGUUGAUAUUGAAGAGGAGGUUUAUGCUUUGCUGCAGUAUAACGUUACCGUAAACGGAGAUCACAAUGUGUCGUGCCGUGUUAAUUUGCUGGAUAAGAAGAACGAUAUAGUAGCGAUAGCUCAUGAUUAUACGAAUUUUAGCGGUAUUUUAAGAAUCGAGGAUCCCAAUCUUUGGUGGCCAUAUUUAAUGAAUCCUAGUCCCGGAUAUCAGUAUAAAUUAGAGGUUGAACUCUUCGAUCCCAAUGGCGAUCUCGUAGAUAAAUACGUAAUGCCCGUGGGCAUCAGAAAACUGUCGUGGACGAACAAGAGUUUGCUUAUCAAUAAUAAAGAAAUGUAUCUACACGGUUUUGGUAGACACGAAGAUGCGGACAUAAGAGGAAAAGGCGUUGAUCUUCCGUUGAUAAUUAGAGACCACAACUUAAUAAAAUGGAUUGGUGCAAAUGUGUAUCGGACCUCGCACUAUCCGUAUGCCGAAGAGAUAAUGGACCUGGCAGACGAAAUGGGGAUUAUGAUAAUAGAUGAAUGUCCCAGCGUCAAUACAGAGAUAUUCAGCGACGGUUUGUUGGCCAAACAUAAAGUUUCCCUGACGGAAUUAAUAAAAAGAGAUAAAAACCGACCGGCUGUGAUUAUGUGGUCUGCAGCCAAUGAGCCUAGGACGCAGUAUCCAAAUGCAAGGGAAUAUUUUAGGAGAGUUAUAGAACACAUCAAAGGUCUGGAUUCUACAAGACCAACAACCAUAGUAGAAGCUCAAAAUGUAAUGGUGGUGCAAUCGUCAGAGUUCGUAGACAUAAUAGGAUUUAAUCGGUACAACGGAUGGUAUCACGAUGAAGGUAAUUUAGACGUCAUCACUCAAAACAUCGUAAAAGAGGCAACCCUGUGGCACAAAAAGUUUAACAAGCCUGUGAUAAUGCAGGAAUACGGCGGGGAUACCUUGGAAGGAUUACACUUUGUGCCCGAUUAUAUAUGGUCCGAAGAAUACCAAGUCGGACUGCUGUCGAAACAUUUCGAAGCCUUUGACAUUUUAAGAAAAGAAGGUUUCUUUAUCGGCGAAUUCAUCUGGAACUUUGCCGAUUUUAAGACAGCUCAAGUAUAUACCAGAGUGGGCGGUAACAAAAAGGGAAUCUUUACCAGAAGCCGACAACCCAAAUCUAGCGCGCACCACAUCAGAAAAAGAUACUGGGGUCUGGCGAAUGAGUAUUUCAAUGCCACGUUUCCCGAAGAUUUGGAAACGUACGUUCUAAAUCGGGUAAAGACCACCCAAGAUGAACUGUGAUAUUUUAAUUUAUUUAUUUUAGUCAUUUUAGUUUGAAUAAACAA